AUGGCCCCUCUGAAAGCGAGGAGUAGUGUUGUUAAGCAAAACUUUGCGAGUCACUUCAGCCAGCAGAGAGCUCAGGCAUAUUCCGACACAACAUCAUCAAGGGGUGCUUCAUCUCACAACAUCCGCUCCAUCGGUUGGAAUCCUCAAGGCAGUCUGAUUGCCACCGGCGCUGCUGACAAGACACUACGAGUCUGGAACCCAGAGAAGCCUAACGUUCGCUUCUCCACCGAACUGAAGGGCCACGCAGCCCCGAUCGAGAAGGUCGCGUUCAACCCCGUCAAAGACGCUGAGCUCUGCUCCGUCAGCAACGACGGCGUCGUCAAGUUCUGGGAUGUCCGUACCAAAGCUUGUGUCAACGAGGUUAAGGGCCUCGGCGAGGCGUUCACCCUGGCGUGGCACCCUGAGGGCGAGUCCCUGAUCGUGGGCACAAAGAGCGAUAAAAUCCACAUCUUGUCCCCGACCCAGUCGACGCCCCUGGCCUCGCACCAGCAGUCGGUGCAGACAAACCAGAUCUCCUUCUGCUGGAGCGGCAACAAGGUCUUCGUGUCGACCGGUGAGGGCAAGGUGCGCAUCCUGUCCUACCCGGACCUCCAGCCCCUCAUGCACUACAACUACGACCGGUCCAAGAUCGACGGCACCGGUGCCACCGAUGAGUACAUGAUGAAGGGCCACACGUCGUCCUGCCUGUCGGUCGAGCUGAGCCCCAACGCGCGGUACCUGGCCUCGGGCGGCACCGACUCCAUGAUCUGCCUCUGGGACACGCAGGACUGGAUCUGCCAGCAAUCUUUCACCGACAUGGUUGGCCCUGUCAAGAGCCUGAGCUUCACCUGGGACGGUUUCUACGUGGUUGGCGGCAGUGACGAGGGCACCGGAAUUGAAUGUUACCACUGCGAGUCCGGCGAGCGCGUCCACACCUUCAAGACGGCCAGCCCGUCACCCGUCGUAUCUUGGGCCCCGACCCGCUAUCAUCUUGCGUAUAGUGAUCUAGGCCAACUCCGCAUUAUCGCAGCGGAUGUACCGGACAGGAAAUGA